GGGGGCCGGCUGGGGAGGCGCCACAUCCGGUGGCUGACUCGUUGUGUAUAAAGCUGCGGCCGCCGCGCUUGGCUUCCAGCAGUAGCUCUGGACUCUUCUCGGCUGCAGGAGCAGCUGCUCCAAUGCCCCACAGCGGCCAUGAGCAUCCCGCACUGGUGGGACCAGCUGCGGGCUGGCAGCUCGGAGGUGGAUUGGUGCGAGGACAACUACACCAUCGUGCCUGCCAUCGCCGAGUUCUACAACACGAUCAGCAACGUGUUAUUUUUCGUCUUGCCGCCCAUCUGCAUGUGCUUGUUUCGCCAGUACGCAGCGUGCUUCAACAGCGGUAUCUACCUCAUAUGGACGCUCUUAGUUGUAGUGGGAAUUGGAUCCGUCUACUUCCAUGCAACCCUAAGUUUCUUGGGUCAGAUGCUCGAUGAACUUGCGAUUCUUUGGGUUCUGAUGUGUGCUCUGGCCAUGUGGUUCCCCAGAAGGUAUCUACCAAAGGUCUUUCGGAAUGACAGGGGCAGGUUCAAGGCGGUGGUCUGCGUCCUUUCUGCCGUUACGACAUGCCUGGCGUUUGUCAAGCCCGCCAUCAACAACAUCUCUCUGAUGACCCUCGGGGUUCCUUGCACCGUGCUGCUCAUUGCAGAGCUAAGGAGGUGUGACAACGUGCGUGUCUUUAAGCUGGGCCUCUUCUCGGGCCUCUGGUGGACCCUGGCGCUCUUCUGCUGGAUCAGUGACCGAGCCUUCUGUGAGCUGCUGUCGUCUUUCCACUUUCCCUACCUGCACUGCGUGUGGCACAUCCUCAUCUGCCUUGCUGCCUACCUGGGCUGCGUAUGCUUUGCCUACUUUGAUGCUGCCUCCGAGAUCCCUGAGCAGGGCCCCGUCAUCAAGUUCUGGCCCAGCGAGAAAUGGGCCUUCAUCGGCGUCCCCUACGUGUCCCUCCUGUGUGCCAGCAAGAAGUCGCCCGUCAAGAUCACGUGAUGGCAGGGCAGGGGCUGGCUUCUCUGCUUGUUUCUCCUCAUGCACCGGGCUUCACUUGCCGGCGAAGACAGCCGGUGGUUUGUAGAGUUAGGGGAAGGGCCUGUCUUUGUAGUAUUCUGUUCCCUGGGCUCUAGCGUGUGUGUGGCGCACCAGGACUCCAUCGUGCGUGGGGAGGAAUGUCUUCCCCUUUUCCGAGGAUGGAAAGUGGAGAGCUGAGGGGCACCAGGCACAUCUUAUCAGCGUCCCUUCCAGAUGCCAUGACUGGUUGGGCUCUAUCCUUUGUGAUGGCAGAGCAGCCCCCUGGGGGAGCCUCAUUUCCCAGAAGGAGCUUGCUCCAGACCCCAUCGUUCCCAUGUGCCCUCAGAGUGGACCUUCCUGCUGACAGACUCUGACAGACAAGACCGUCUGACUGAUGGAAAAUGCCAGGGAUUUUCAUUUGGGGAAAUGGCCCUAAAAUAAAACCGAGCCAAUGAAACCCACACAGGGCUCGUGUCUCAGGAGGCUACUGGUCCACUCGGAGACUCUCAGUAACCAGAUUUUACAUGUGCUUGUGAAUCCUUUCUCUACUACCUCUGCUGAGAGACGGGGACUUCAGAGGAGGGUGAAGCGGACAGAAAAAACCCUCUGCGCCAAAAGCUAACUCCACUUUUAAGCCAUUUGUGAAGAUGAGCACGAUUUCUAAAUGUUGACAUUGUUGGUCGUCCUCCCUCCCCCCGCCCCAGCCCAGUGGCCUCAAACACAUGGAGAAGAAUAGGUGUGGCUGAGCUCUCUGCACACAGACCCCUGCUCCUUACUGCUGAGCUCUGUAAGUUCAAGGCCUUGGGAUGGUCACGGUGGGGAUCCUGGUUCAACAUCUGGAGUGCAAACAAAGUUCUGGAAACUUCUGCUGGUUGGAAGCCUUCUAUUCUGAAGUUAUCCUCGAAAACCUCACCUCCUCUUUGCCCUAAUUUUCUGCGAGACUCGUACUCCUACCCUCACAGUACAAGGUGCUUCCUGCGGUUUCUCCGAGCAUCUGACGGCUGCUUCUCUUGAGUACUGAAAGGACUACACGCUGACUUGUGGGGUUGCUGGUGCAGCGGGCAAGUCUGUUACCUUCUGAGUUUUUCCUCAGCUCAAAUGACACUGGCUACCACUAACCUCUUCCCUGGGCUGAAUGAAGGCUCCAGAACGGUCAUCAAGGUGUGAGGGGGAAUACAGGACCUCAGGGAUACUCAAUGGAACUCUGACAUCUCCUGCUUUGCAACAUUCCAUUUUGAAAGAGAGCAGGACGGAGGUGUCCCUGUGAGGACGGGAGUCAUGUCACCAAGGAUCGAAGAGUUGGGGGCAGUACCAGUCUUUGGCAUGUCUAGGAACUCUUGCUUUAAUUAGAAUUUUGUACAGGAUCUGAAGUGAAAAGUCCAAUAAGGAAUAAUGAAUUGAGAGUUUAAAAAUGAAUGACUUUUCUACUUCUGUGGUUUUCAAGUUAUUUUUAGCAGAACCCUAUUUUUAGUAAGAAAUCUUGAUGGAACCCAAACGUGAGAAAGGUGUUGUAUUCUAUUCAUUUAUUUUAUGGUUAAACUUAUAUAUUUCCCUAAUAUCAUGCAGUGAAAAUGCAAGUGAAAUUGUGGUUUCCAUGGUAAAAAAUUUGGUAUUAAAGGAGUGUACCUGUUUAUUAUGGUUUAAAAAUAUAUUUUGAAAAAAAGGUGGGGCUUCUAAUGCACCUCUGAGACCUAGGUGGUUCAUGGAACCAACGAGAGUUUUAAAACCGCUGUCUAGAAUUUUUUAAAGGGAAAUAGCAGUGCUCGUUUCAGAUGGGUUAACCAAGCAUGGGUUCUGGGCUCAUCCAUUCUGCAGUAUAAAAGUGCUCUGAAAUAGGGGGAAGCUUUGAUGUACUUCAGGCCCAGCUGUCUUAGUGUGGAAGCAUAGAUGAGGAGAGGGUGUGGGAAGUGUUUGUGUUAUAGGUGAGGUUUAAUUUCUGUCUCGAGGUGAUAGGAGCAUUGUUACAGCAGUUAAGGAGGGACUGUGUCUCCCUGUCAGGUAAAGGAGUGGGUCCCUGAGGAAUAUCAGCUCUGCCUCUCAACUCUUUGACCUUGCUUUUCUGGAAGUUUCUGAGUGUCCUUUGGAAAUAGGGAUAAAAUGUGACUGCUGGAAAUAAGGAAAUCAGUGCCCCGACUCAGGGCUGUUUCCAUCCAUCUUCUACAAGACAAAUGACAUAGUUAAGAUGUCACAAGGGAUGUUUUUGCUGUAAAACAAAAGCAAAAACAGAAGGCCCUUCUAGAGGUUGGUUUUAAUGAACUGAGGGCUGAUAAAGAAGUACGAAUGGGUAUAUUUGAGGGCAAAAAUAGAACUCUAACAAAAAUCACUCUAGCUUGUUAGUGUGAAGAAGGUAAAUCGAGAAGGUGGGAGUUGAACAAUCUUAUUUGAAGUUAGACUUAUGGCAUCAUAUUUAUAUUUACAUUUAUGUUUAUAGUGUUUUCUAGCACAAUGUACUUUUGAAAGGAAAUUGGAAAACUACAUGAAAGUUGAAGAGAAAAAAGUCUGUAUUUCUAUUGUCCAAGGACAAUCAUUGUUAAUAUAUUGGUAUUUUGGUGUAUUUCCUUCUCAUCUUCCCCCCUUCCCCCGUAGAGUUGUAAAUAGCCGUCUUUUAGAGCGGACACUUCAUCCAGUAGCUUGAGUGGACUGUAAAUGCCAGUUGUGUGUUUCUCCUGAGGAACAGCUUUUGGAAUGCACUGUGGUUAGCUAUACACUUGAGAGCUCAUCACUGGAUUCUGACAUACUGCUGAGUCUUCGUUUUCAGUUGAGCCUGGUAUGAAUAGGCCCUAAGAAAGAAUGACUGAAUUAUAAUCUACGUUUGGAGAGGCCCCUGCUCUUGGAUCGAAGAGUCACAGGAAAUCGCUGUUAAAAAUAGGUUUUCAGAUUUUAAAAAAAGUGAAUAGCGUAUUAAUUGAUGUGCACAUCGAGAAUCUUUUUGUUUUUUCCCCCUAAUAGUGCAGGGACGUGGAGAUUUGAUGUUUGGGAGUUAGGUCAUGGCAGUCACUCACUGGGACGGUCACAUUUUUGUUCUGCUUAGAUAGAACUUGCCUAAGAUCGAGAGCCAGCAGGAAUUGGAUCUAAGAUAUUAAACAUUACUAUCCUCGUUUUCAAGCAAUCAUUCAGGUCACUAAUUCUUAUUUUAUGGUGUUUGAUUGAAUGUUGCUUUUUAGAAAAAAAUCUUUUCUCAUCUUUAUGAUUAUGUUGGUAGCACUUCAGUGACUGUGUUUAAAGUGUAUGGGGAAGAGAUACCUGAAUCUAGUUGAUAACAGGCUACAUUUUGGGGGAAAUUGGCCUGUCCCUCUGAUGAGUGCCUACAACAUUAAGUGUGGAUCCAAGAUGUUCUGUUGGGGGAUCUAAGCUUGGUGGUCAUCAAGCACAGACUUUCUAAAAAAUACCGUAACUUGUUUUAUUGGAUUUCUCAGGUGUGUAAAAACAUCUCAUCAGUUCGUCAUGCUUAUGUGAGCCAGCGCCAUGUUGGAGGCUCUGAGAGAGGGGCAGAGCCUUCCUGGCUCUUCAUCCCGCGGGGCUGGCACGCAACCAUCUCUGGGGGACAGGGAAGGGCUGAAGCUCGUCCAAUGAGCCCCCCCUCUUAUAGCUUCUUUUCCCCAAAUGAGCUUGGAACCUUUCAUUGCCAGCUCUUUGCCUGGGUGCUACCGUUCCAGCUGGCCAAAGAGAAUUGGCAGGCUAGAUUGGGGUUCUCAAUGGAUUUCAUGGACAUCCUUUUACAGAUUAAAAAAAAAAAAAAAGCCUUUAUUCUAAAGGACUAAUUGUUUGAAUUGUUCCUUUCUCUCUCUGUUAAACCAGAUUGAAGACUAUUUUAUAAUCCCAGUAUGUAAUCAGAGCGUAUAUAGUAUUUUCAGAUGUAUACCCCUUGUUUUAUACUUUAUAGAGUUGUGCCGUAUAAGGGUGGUGUGCCCACUGGCUGUGGUAGCAUUUAGUCUCCAUUGCUUUGGGAGUGAUCUGAAGCCUUUUGAAAUGGAGCUUUUGCACUUUACGCUUUUUUUUGUGAGCUAUGAUGGUUAUAGUCAAUAUUAAAGCCGUAAGUGGCAUUUUCUGUGAAUAUGUAUGUUUGUAUUUAUUUACAAAAUGAUUUCUGAAAUAUCUGAACAUGAAAAAUGCAUUUAAUGGAUUGUCAAGCAAAGCACAUUUCCCCAAUUUGUUAAUGAAUUUGGGUAUCAUUAUUACUACACAUACUUUAGAUUAGCGUAGUUUUCUUCUCAGAGCUGUGAAAUUAACACACCAGUAUUUCCAGUAUAAAGUGCCUAAGUGCAUAAAUUUCGUUAGCAGGAAAAUCUGUAUGUACCUGUUUUUAAUUCCCUAUGACCAUUUUUUUAUUAGUAAAGGUUUCAUAGGCCGUCAUAUUUUAAAGAACAGUGUGACCAUCAGAAGAGAGACUGCAUCAGCAUUAUCAGUAUCAUUGCAGUGGGUUUUUAAAGACUUUUUUUUUUCUGGCCUGAGUGAAGGGGGAAGUGGAUAAGGAAUGGCCACAGAGCCUUUUGACGGUCUGGUGGGAGUCGUGAGUCUUCUCCCUAGGAAAAUGCUUAUCUAUAAAAUUGGGAAUUCACGUGUCCUUAGAAGCCACCCAGAUAAAGAGUUCCUGCAGGACAGGGUGCUAGACCAGGAUUCAAAUCCUCUCUGGGGCCAAAAUUGGUCACCUCCAUGGACAGGUCUGCUUUCCCAACUGCCCUCUAAAACUGGGAGCUUACAUUCGCCUCAAGCCUCUUUCCUGGUUUAUCGUAUCAGACCCUCCAUGUGAUUGUAUCUAGGUCUGUCAUAUUAUUCUAGCUUUUGUAUUGUCGAAUUUUUCCAUAAUAAAAAAUUUAAGA